AAGGAGGAGAGGAGUUGGAGCUGGGCGGGCGGAGCUGCCCCCCCGCGGCCCCCGCGGCCCCCGCAGCCCCCGCAGCCCGCGCGCCCGGGCUCCUCGCCCCGGGGACAGCUGGCAGCCCCGCGCCCCGCCGGACACAAAGCCGCUCGGGGCCCGCGGCGCAGGGGCGGGGGCGCCCCCGGGGCUUCCCUUCCGCCGCUCGCCUCCUCGCGCGCCCUCAUUCGGACCCAGCCCACACCUCGCCUGCAUCCUCCGCCCUCCCCCCCCCCCCGCCGCACCCCGCCCCAGCCCGCCCCCCAGGGGGGAGCAGCGCAGACCCCCGCGCUCCCCCUUCCCAGCCCUCGCGCAGGCCACACCUGCCCCCGGGCCGCCCCCCGGCCGGGCACGGACCCCCCUCCCGCGUCUCUCCUCCGCUCCCGCCCCCAGAACUUCAGGGGCCCCCGCCCGGCCUCCCCGCCUCCGAGGAGCCUCCAGCUCGGACCCCGCGAAGAUGGCGAGGAGGAGCCGCCACCGCCUCCUGCUGCUGCUGCUGCGCUACCUGGUGGUCGCGCUGGGCUAUCAUAAGGCCUAUGGAUUCUCUGCUCCAAAAGGCCAUCAAGUGGUCACAGCAACAGAGUAUCAAGAGGUUAUUUUAGCCUGCAAAUACCCAAAGAAGACCAUCUCCUCCAGAUUAGAGUGGAAGAAACUGGGCCGGAGUGUCUCCUUUGUCUACUACCAACAGGCUCUUCAAGGUGAUUUUAAAGAUCGAGCCGAGAUGAUAGACUUCAGUAUACGGAUCAAAAACGUUACAAGAAAUGAUGCUGGGAAAUACCGCUGUGAAGUUAGUGCCCCAUCUGAGCAAGGCCAAAACCUGGAAGAAGAUACGGUCACUCUAGAAGUGCUAGUGGCCCCAGCAGUUCCAGCAUGUGAAGUACCCAAUUCUGCUCUGAGUGGAACUGUGGUAGAAUUGCGAUGUCAAGACAAAGAAGGGAAUCCAGCUCCCGAGUACACCUGGUUUAAGGAUGGCGUUCCUUUGUCAGAGAAUCCAAAACUUGGCUCCCAAAGCACCAACAGCUCCUAUACAAUGAAUACAAAAUCGGGAACUCUGCAAUUUAACACUGUUUCAAAACUAGACAGUGGAGAAUAUUCCUGUGAAGCCCGUAAUUCUGUUGGACAUCGCAGGUGUCCUGGGAAGCGAAUGCAAGUAGAUGAUCUCAACAUCAGUGGCAUCAUAGCAGCUGUAGUAGUUGUGGCCUUAGUGAUUUCUGUUUGUGGCCUUGGCGUGUGCUACGCUCAGAGGAAAGGCUACUUUUCCAAAGAGACUUCGUUCCAGAAGAGUAGUUCUUCAUCUAAAGCCACCACAAUGAGUGAAAAUGAUUUCAAGCAUACAAAAUCUUUUAUAAUUUAAAAGAAUUCCACCUUUGAGAGACGCCAAAAACACAGUUGUUACACAAGUUAUUAAAGGGUUAUAAAACUCUGCUUUGUCUUACAUUUGCAAAGAGGUACAUGAAGAGAUGAAGUUGGUAUUUCGUGAUAAUUUCUAUGAUUGUUAAAUUACUUGAAAUUGCUAUUUUAAACAAAUAGUUCUGUCAGCACCUAAAUAAAAUAUAGUCUGGCUUUUUAUGUCUGGACUAAGUUAAAAGAAUCACAAUACUUUAAUAUUCUGGGGUGUAUGAAAUGUUAAAUGUCCUAACUUCUAGAGAAAGUUACUAAAAUAUAGGAUACUGAUUGUGAAAUUAAUCCACAGAGCAUGAAAAUACAAACUGUGUGCACCGUCUGUGCAGGAGCCUGAUUUACAGGGUUUAGAAAAUACUGACAGACGCAAAAGGAAACUCUGGUCUCAUUUCUCCUGGAAUCCUCUUUUCUCCCCUAAUACAAUCCUUACUCCGCUGCUCAUUUAUCACUAAUCUAUUCGCAAGAGGGAGGUAGCAGGAGUGGGUCUUAUUCCCAAGGAUUUGCACUUUGUGUUUAUUUUUAUUUCUAAGAACCAAAAGCAACAACAUGAAGAAAAACAUCUAAUGGCCAGAGCUCACUCCCCUGGUGUGUGUCAUUGAUUUCUUCAUUAAACAUAAUUUUGAGAGUCAAACA